GCGCACGGACUUCGGUGGGGAGGCUCCCGGCAGCGGCGAGCGAGCAGCGGGCACGGGACGCAGCCCGGUCGCCCACCCCCCUCCCCGGAGCCCUUCGGCGGCGCCCGAGCCAGCGGCGGGGAGGAUGCCGUCGGUGAGCCUGCCGCCCAAGGAGAACGCGCUCUUCAAGCGCAUCCUGAGGUGUUAUGAACACAAGCAGUAUAGAAAUGGGCUGAAGUUCUGUAAACAGAUACUUUCUAACCCAAAGUUUGCAGAACAUGGAGAAACUUUGGCGAUGAAAGGUCUAACAUUAAACUGUCUAGGGAAGAAAGAGGAAGCUUAUGAACUUGUGCGUAGAGGCUUAAGGAAUGACUUGAAGAGUCAUGUCUGUUGGCACGUCUAUGGCCUUCUUCAAAGGUCAGACAAGAAGUAUGAUGAAGCUAUCAAAUGCUAUAGGAAUGCACUGAAAUGGGACAAAGACAAUCUUCAAAUCUUGAGAGAUCUUUCUCUGCUACAGAUUCAAAUGAGGGAUCUUGAAGGUUACAGGGAAACAAGGUACCAGUUGCUUCAGCUCCGACCUGCACAGCGAGCAUCAUGGAUUGGUUAUGCUAUUGCUUACCAUCUGCUGGAAGACUAUGAAAUGGCAGCAAAAAUAUUAGAGGAAUUCAGGAAGACACAGCAGACAUCACCUGAUAAAGUGGACUAUGAGUAUAGUGAACUGCUGCUGUAUCAAAAUCAAGUGCUCCGGGAGGCAGGACUACAUAAAGAAGCCUUGGAGCAUCUUUGUACCUAUGAAAAGCAGAUCUGUGAUAAACUGGCUGUCGAAGAAACUAAAGGAGAGCUCCUGCUUCAGCUUGGUAGACUUGAAGAAGCAGUUGAAGUCUAUAAAGGGCUGCAAGAAAGAAAUCCUGAAAACUGGGCCUACUACAAAGGCCUAGAAAAGGCACUUAAACCAGCUAAUAUGAUGGAGAGGCUAAAGAUCUAUGAAGAGGCCUGGACUAAAUACCCAAAGGGACUAGUUCCACGAAGAUUACCAUUAAACUUUUUGUCGGGUGAAAAGUUUAAGGAAUGUCUGGACAAGUUUCUAAGGAUGAAUUUCAGCAAAGGUUGCCCACCAGUCUUCAAUACGUUGAGGUCGUUGUAUAAAGACAAGGAGAAGGUGGCAAUCAUAGAAGAGCUCGUGAUAGGUUAUGAAACCUCUUUAAGAAGUUGCAGGUUAUUUAACCCAAAUGAUGAUGGUAAAGAAGAACCUCCAACCACUUUACUCUGGGUCCAGUAUUAUUUGGCUCAACAUUAUGAUAAAAUUGGACAGCCAUCCCUGGCUCUAGAAUAUAUAAAUGCUGCUAUAGAAAGUACUCCCACUUUGAUAGAGCUCUUCCUUGUGAAGGCAAAAAUCUAUAAGCAUGCUGGAAAUAUUAAAGAAGCUGCAAGGUGGAUGGAUGAGGCUCAGGCUUUGGACACAGCAGACAGAUUUAUCAACUCCAAAUGUGCAAAAUACAUGUUGAAAGCAAACUCCAUUAAAGAAGCAGAGGAAAUGUGUUCUAAGUUUACAAGGGAAGGAACCUCAGCAGUAGAGAACUUAAAUGAGAUGCAGUGCAUGUGGUUUCAGACAGAAUGUGCGCAAGCUUACAAAGCAAUGAACAAAUUUGGAGAAGCACUUAAAAAAUGCCAUGAAAUUGAAAGACAUUUUGUAGAAAUCACGGAUGACCAGUUUGACUUUCACACUUACUGUAUGAGGAAGAUUACCCUUAGGUCUUAUGUGGACUUGUUAAAACUAGAAGAUAUACUUCGGCAACAUCCAUUCUACUUCAGAGCAGCACGAAUUGCCAUAGAGAUAUAUUUGAAACUUCAUGAUAAUCCCUUAACAGAUGAAAAUAAAGAACACGAGGCUGAUACAGCAAAUAUGUCUGACAAGGAGCUAAAGAAGCUACGAAAUAAGCAGAGAAGAGCCCAGAAGAAAGCACAACUGGAGGAAGAGAAGAAGAAUGCUGAGAAAGAGAAGCAACAGAGGAAUCAGAAAAAGAAGAAAGAUGAUGAUGAUGAAGAAAUCGGAGGACCGAAAGAAGAACUUAUCCCUGAGAAAUUGGCAAAGGUUGAAGCACCUUUGGAAGAAGCCAUUAAAUUUUUAACACCCCUGAAGAAUUUAGUGAAGAACAAAAUAGAGACACAUCUUUUUGCCUUCGAGAUUUAUUUUCGAAAAGAGAAGUUUCUUCUGAUGCUUCAGUCUGUGAAAAGAGCCUUUGCUAUUGAUGCUAGUCAUCCUUGGCUUCAUGAGUGUAUGAUUCAUCUCUUCAGUAGUGUAUCUGAAAGUAAGGACCUGCCUGAUGCAGUUAGAACGGUGUUAAACCAAGAAAUGAAUCGGCUUUUUGGAGCAACUAAUCCAAAGAACUUCAAUGAAGCUUUCCUUAAAAAGAACUAUGACUCACUACCACAUAGGUUAUCAGCUGCCAAAAUGAUGUACUAUUUAGAUCCUUCCAGUCAGAAAAGGGCAGUGGAGCUGGCAAUGACCCUGGAUGAAUCCCUCAUUAACAGAAAUCUUCAGACUUGUAUGGAGGUAUUAGAAGCUUUAUGUGACGGUAGCCUUGGAGACUGUAAAGAAGCAUCUGAAACUUACAGAGCAAAUUGUCAUAAGCUUUUCCCUUAUGCUUUGGCUUUCAUGCCCCCUGGCUAUGAAGAGGAUAUGAAGAUCACAGUUAAUGGAGAUAGUUCUGCAGAACCUGAAGAACUGGCCAAUGAAAUAUGAACAACUUUAUUGGAAAUAAAUGACAUUGGACCAUACCUGGUGUAUAAUAUUUUUGUCACGCACCUGCUGAAUUGUUCUGACUUACACAGAGAACAGAAGGGAAAAAAAAGGUUGCCUUCAAAUAGUUUUACUUUUUUAGUUUAUCCUGCUGACAAAGUAUAUAUAUGAGAUAUCUAACAUAUUACUGGAUAGAGGUGGUUCGGUUUCUUAAAAAUUAAAAGCUGCUAAAAUUGAAGAAAAAAAACAAAACCCUUCUCCUUACCUACCCAUGUUUUUAAACUAAUUUAUAUGUGUGAAAUGUGGUGGCACAUGGCCCUCCGAGCAGGUGUGUGGCAGAAAUAUUACUUUAAAUUUGUCUUGUGAGAUUACUGUUAUCUCAGACAGCAAAAAUGCUGUUUUAGCACUGGAUUCUUUCACUGAGCACAAAGAGUUGAUGGGGCUUUAGCAUCUGACUGAUUUUGAUACGGGGAUGAUUCUGUCCAUAGGAAGUAUGCAAUGUGAAUCAGAAUAUAGAGAAACCCGCAUCAUACACGUGAUGUUGCGGAUGCUGGGACAUACGGAUAUCAAGCAGAAUUAAGAAACAUAGUGUGUUCAAUAAGCUUGUUGUGUCUCUGAAAUUCACUGUACACGAUCAGUUCGGUGUUCUUGCACCACAGUUUUUAAUGGAAGGAACCAGUUAAAACACUCUCUUUAAAUUAAACUGGGGGGGAUGGGGUGGGCAGACUCAAGAUUGCUGUUUGUGAGAUGAAUGCGGUGGCUUAGGUUGGCCAAACUUUUUAAAACUGUAAUGCAAGAACCAAAUAAAAUUAUGCACUGUGAUGUGGCACCAACUAAUUAGAAAGAUCGCAUGCAUUUUUCACUUAGAGUGAAAACAGAAUGAGAACAUACUAUGGCUUGAAGUUGCAAAGAGGAGAACUCCUGACGACCGUUUUGACUGAUCAAGAGACUAAUAGUUUAAAACCUCAGCAGGCCUUGUUCACGUUAUGCAGAAAACAAAUAAAAAGUGCUGCAGUUUAGAUACCUCUGGAACUUUUCCACAGUGUCACAGGUUUGUAAUACUUGAAGCCCUACAUUUCUAAGAAUAUAUUUCUUGCUCAGUUGUUUCAGGCAAGCCCAAGACUUUGUAACUUUUAAGGGGCCCAAGAUUUUUUUUCAGUAACAGACCAGCUUCUUAUUCCUGCAGUUACAGAUGUAAUUUCCUUUGUCAAACAUAAGGUACCAAAUAUAAUGCAAUAAAACGUUUUGAAAAACAAUUGUGUGAAUAUUUAAACCGAUCUCUGUUGUACUUUGAAAAUGAAUGGGUUCACUAGAGUGCAGCUCAGGGUUGGCUUACUGUGCUGUCCAGUUAUGCUAAUAAUGUCACUGCUGAUGGGUGGUUGUUGAGCCUAAGUGCAAAUGCGUUAUAUGUAAAUACUGAAUGUCUGGGAAGUCCUAAUAACAUAGAAUGCUUUACUACUUGGCUUAUAAGUUCCACCACUGUUACAUUGAAUUUUAUUUUCCAAGUCAAGCUUCAGUCUAUAAGUCUACUGUGUUGAUAAUAUAGAUAAGUGCUCAAAUAUUGUUGGUUUUUUUUAUAGGCUCAACAUGUAAAACAGAGCAGAAAACAAACUACAGCUUAUAAAGUGAGUGCCUUCUUUGCUGCAGGAGUUCAGUUACAGAGUAUCUGUAGUGUGAAUACACAGCCUUCCUCUUCCACAUGAUUGCAGUUCAGUGGUUGACAUGAACAGUUAAAGAAAUCCAGGAAGACUUACUGGCGUUUGUAGUUUUCUAACUGUCAGAAGAACAGGUUUUUGUUUCUUGUGUAUUCAGCACCACUUUCUUUUCAUGGUUAGAUUAUCCUUGUGUAUGUUUUGCAGUGUAGUUCAUGUUGGAAAUGUAAGUUGUGUUGCUAUAUUUGUGUAUUUAAUCUGCUGGGCUUUUAGGGACUAGAAUACCUAUAGAGCCUUUAAUUGACUCUGGUAUUUAUUUCUAGAUCUCAGUCUUUUCUGCAGCCUGAGAUACCUGGACUGCAUGUCUUCUGCAACUACUGAAGAUGGUUCAGUCUUGCCUACACAAGCUAUGAGCUUUUGGCCUUGCCUCUGAGUAUUGCUGCUGUUUUCUUGGCUUCUGAUGCUUAGCAGGAGGCAGAUGAGUGCUCACUCUUUUUAACAGAUUGUGAAUUGCAUCAAGCAAUUUUUUUUUCCCCAAAAAUUCUGGGUUUUGGGUGCUGCCUAUAAAUGGGAUUAUUUCCUUUUUCACUGCCUGUUUUUCUGUUGAAAUUGAUGAACUAAAAGCAAGAAGUUACUUGUUAUCUUUGAUCAUGCAAGUGUGAAAGGAUAUUUCUGUGAGCCUUCCAGAAGAUUCCAUCAACACUAUUGUGAUUUCCCCAAAGACAUUUCAUAACCUUGCUGAAAGGCAUCCAUAGUGCUUCAGAGAUGACACUUGGAUUAAAGAGGUUCCUCAUCCCUUCCAGAAGACUGCAGUCCCAGGAAAAGAAACCAAGUCAAGAGUUUACCUGAAGAAGACGGUUCUUUGAUUGGCAAAGGAAUUGCUAUUCCUUCAUCUUUGUGUAUCUCCUGUUAGUUGCAAUACUAACUUUUGAUGGAAAGUUUCCAAGAGCUGGAAACGAAGUUAACAGUCCAGUGCAAUGAGUCUUGCGAAGCAGUAGCAGAGUACCGCACUACAGUGAAAACCUGCCUGUGCAUGCUGAGAUCCAAAUUGUAAAUCAUUGGUGCUUGGCUGCCAAAGCCGUGAGCAGGGAUUGCAGUCGUGAUCGGAGCAACCUAGAGUGUUGGCUCAUUAACAGCAUGAGUUGUCUUGAUUCUUCCUGAUUUCCAUGGAGAAAUGUGUUUCCACCAUCAGUGGAGCUGCUGGUGAUGACCCAUGCCAUGGAUAUCUUUACUGAGGUGUGGGGGGAGGAAGUUUCAGCAACAGAUUUUCCCUAGAUAAGAGACUGUAGAUGGUGCAAAUGCACAUUGCAUGAAGCAAUGCCAGAGUCAGAAGUGGACUGAAAUUGUAAGUAACUGAAAAUGAUUGUUUGUCCCAAGGUGAUAGGUGAGGUAGUCGCUUUUUCCAUGUGGAGACCGGAGCAUUCAGGCAAGGAGUAUGUGUGAACGAACAGGCAAAACAGUCUCAAAAUUAUGUAUUCAGUAACUCCUUUUGUUUCUUUGUAUCUUAAAUGCCUUAAAAGCCUCUAUGUUCUUCUACAGUUACAUUUUUCUUUCAGAAGAGGUCUUAAUGCUUCCAUGCUCAUAGGGGAAGGAUCAUGUCCUGAUGUGGCAGCCAGAACACAGAAGAUUUGUCACUCUGUUUUCUCCUAAGGAAGGGAGAAAACACCAUUUCCCAGGGAGCUCUCUAGGGCUAGAUGAGGUAUAUUUAAUUUGCCUGUUAAAUCUUCCUUUCAUGUGUGCUUUGAGUUGGAAGUUGGUGUAGCUCCUUACUCUUCAGCCAGCUUGAAUUGUUAGUGUCUUCAUAGAAAGGAAAUGCAUCAAUAAGAGUAGGGUGAGAUCAGGCCUGAGAAACCAGAGGUGCGAAUACAAUUUCAGUAUCGUGAGCAUACUUCAAAUCUUUGUCUGACACAAUGCCUUUGAGGGUCCAAGCAACAUUUGUGCCAUCAUUCCUGCAGUGCUAGCAUCCCAUACACCACAGUUGUGCUUUGAAUGUGUGCCACUAAUGCUAACAAAACCACUUGAUACGAUAAUCCAGCUCAAUAUACCUGAAAUAAAAUGAUUUGAUUUUUCUCUUUUCAUUAUGGUUUUAAAUGUUUUUGUAAGUGUUCUGUGCUGGGUAACUAGCUAGCUUUGAAAUCUUCUCUUUCCCCCUAAAAAGUCUGCUUUAAAAGUGCAGUUUGUACUGUAAGUGGUAAUGUAAAAUAGCUCAGACUAUGUGGAAGUAAGAGUGAUGCUUCUCUGAUAACAUACUGCUGCUGUGGAGGGAAAUGAUGCAAAUGUAGUAUAUAAUUAGUCAUAUUCAUAAGGAACUGAGCGGUCUAUAUGCUCAUUAAUGAAAGUUAAAGUUCCGGAUGGAGGAAAACAGUUGCUGAGCUUGGGAAAAGACUUGCUGUUGGGAGCAUUCCAGCUGUGAACUGUUCUUGGAUGCAGUAAGGAGCAAAGGGCAUAUACUGUCACAAAACUCAGGGUCAUGGUGUCAUGACCGUACUUUAUACUUCCUGGAAAUUAAAGCUGCCAUCUACAAACACCAGUUUUAAUGCCUCUUCUGGGCACCAACUCUUCUUCCCAAGAGCAUACAGCAGUGGGAAUGGCAAGGAGCAACUGAUAGAGCAGCUCAGCAAUACAAGACUAAAGUAAGCUGUAAGGAGGUGGCAUAAUAGAAAAUCCAUUUUAGAUUAAGUAUAAAUAGCUUUUUUAUUACUAGAAAGAUUACUGAAGCUGUAAAUACUGUAAAUGCAGUCUUCCCAUGCCAAGGAAGCUGUAAAUGUGUAUUACUUCUAGAGUGGUACAAGCAAAUAGUAGUAUGUUCACAAAGAUUCUAGCUUUGUAUGUUGGUCUUCAAGUAAAUUGUGGCAGAAAACUCUGAGGACAAGGACUGUCCAGUUUACAAGGGACCAUAGCAAAGGGUUUGUAAGAACAUUGCAAGAGAAAUAUUACUAGAAAAUCCAAAGCAUCUUAGAAGAGCUUUCCUAAGAUGUUUGUUUUAAUUGAAAAUGUCACAUCUAACUGUUCAUAACGAAAGACAGAAAGUACUUUGACAGAAUAUUUCUGCCUGGCACUGCCCAUUCAAUAUCUACCUCUACUAGUCCUAGUCUAGUUCAGCUACUGCGUAAUUUUAGCCAUUUAGCACAUAACAUAUGAACAAGUGUCAUUUAACCUGGUUGGUGAACAAAUGUAUGAUGAUGGAUAACGUUUAAACUGUAAUGCAAUAAACCACAAACUUAGUGAAAGUCCUGUUGUUGGUUCAGUGCAGCAGCAUAUUUAUUGCUUCAUUGCUGAUCUGUUAAAAUCUUAAUUAUAAACUCCACCAAGUUACUUGCAAUUGUACUGGGAUUUGCUUUCCCUUCCAGCCUUCCUAACCGGUUAACAAUGUUGUACUGUGUUUUUACGCUCUUCUCUGGUGGUAGCAAAUAUCAAAACUGGCAGGAAGUCAAUCAAAGAAUAAAAAUGCUGAGUUCUGUUU